CCUGCCUCCCGGCCCAUCCGGGUGAGUACCCGCCCGCAGUGCAUUGUGGGAGAAGCGAUAGGGGCCAGCCUGCAGCCAUGGAGAGCAGCAAGGAUGCGCCAGGGAAAGCCAGCCGGUGGUUUGGAGUUGCGAUGCCCAAAUCAGUGAAGACCAACGUCAACAUCCUCCAUCAGGAGAAGCUGAUUGCUCAGAAGAAGCGGGAAAUCGAAGCCAAGAUGGAGCGGCAAGCCAAACAGAACCACUUGCCAGCCCAGCAGGUUUCACAGGGGAGCGAUGACGAUAGCGGUGAUGGCGAAAGUGGUGUUUCCAACAAAUUUGCUAAUGAUGGCAGCUUCCUCCAGCAGUUCCUGAAGCUACAGAAGGAAAAACAAGGUGCUUCUUCCAGUUCCACAGAAACAUCCCAUCCUCCCCCUGCAAGUACAGUGAAGAAACCCACCUUGACUGGCAAGCGUCCCAAUCUCAGCGUGAGCAGCAUGUUGAAUCAAGUCAAAAACUACACGCAUUCCAAGCAGACCCCGGUAACGAAUCGCCUGAGUGUUUUCCAGUCGCCAGACGACGAAGAAGAAGAGGAUUAUGAGCAAUGGCUGGAAAUCAAAAUUUGCCCCCCAGAGGACAUCCGGACCCGCCGAAUCGUUGAGAAGCUGGCCAAGGUGGUGGCCGAAGGGGGCCCAGAAAUGGAGAAGGUCGCCCUGGAAGACUGCAAGGAUAACCCAGUAUUUGCGUUCCUACACGAUAAGAACAGCCCAGAAUUUCUCUACUACAGAAAGAAACUGGCUGAGAUGUGGAAGAAAGGCCAAGCUCACGUAGAGGAGACCUCCCCUUCUCAGAAAGUUUCACCCCCAGAGGAUGAAGAGACCAAGGACUGUGCGGAGAAGCUGGCUCGGUUUGUGGCCGACGGCGGCCCUGUGGUGGAAAUGGUUGCCCUGAAAAACCACCGAGACAAUCAGUCAUUCAGAUUUUUGUACGAGCCCAAUAGUUCUGGAUACAAGUAUUACCGACAGAAGCUGGAGGAAUUCCGGAAAGCAAACAGUAACAUGGAGGGCAUGCCACCAGGAUCGGAAGCCAACCUGAAGCGCAAGGCCUCUUCUGAGGGAGGGGCUUCCUCUUCCAUUUCUUCUUCCUCUUCCUCCUCCUCCUCCUCCUUCUCCUGCUCUUCCUCCUCCUCCUCCUCCUCCUCUUCAACACCUGUACCCACGGUUUCUCUGCCGAAGCAGGUAGCCACAUCCAGUGUGAAGAAAAAACGGAAAAGCCGGUGGGGCCCAGAGGAGGAGAAGGUGGACUUACCUCCUCCAGAGCUUGCUCAGCAGACACAGGAGCUGUCGCCAACCCCCUUGUCUGUCCAGGACCUCAAGGGACUUGGCUACGAGAAGGGGAAGCCAGUUGGAUUGGUGGGUGUGACAGAGCUGUCAGAUGCGCAGAAGAAGCAGCUGAAGGAGCAGCAAGAGAUGCAGCAAAUGUAUGACAUGAUCAUGAAGCACAAACAGGCCAUGCAGGAGAUGCAGAUCAUGUGGGAGAGGACAAUCAAAGAGCACCAGUCCGGCUACGACAGCGAUGAGGAAAUUGACAAUGAGCUGGGCACGUGGGAGCACCAGCUGAGGCGCAUGGAGAUGGACAAGACGCGUGAAUGGGCGGAGCAGCUGACUCAAAUGGGCCGAGGAAAACAUUUCAUUGGCGACUUUCUGCCACCGGAUGAGCUUGAGAAGUUUAUGGAAACCUUCAAAGCUCUGAAGGAAGGCCGUGAGCCUGAUUACUCUGAAUAUAAAGAAUUUAAACUGACUGUGGAAAACAUAGGUUACCAGAUGCUGAUGAAAAUGGGCUGGAAGGAAGGUGAUGGUCUGGGAUCUGAUGGUCAGGGUAUCAAAGCUCCUGUUAACAAGGGGGUGACAGCUGUGGAUGGAGCCGGGUUUGGAAUCGACCGUCCUGCUGAUUUGAGCAAGAAUGAUGAUGAGUACGAGGCCUUUCGGAAGAGGAUGAUGUUGGCCUACAGAUUCCGGCCCAACCCACUGAACAACCCUCGGCGUCCUUAUUAUUGAUGCAGCCGUGUGUUUUCGUCUCACCUCCCACCCACUCCCUGUUCCUCCAGUGACGGAUUGUUUACUGUGAUAAUUUUAUUUAAAAAACAAAGCCCCUUUCUUUCAUUUAGAAGGACUGUUUCAGCUUUAGCCUCCCAUCUGUUUACCCACCCACAGAUGUUUUUCUUUUUAUGUGAUCCCAUUAAAGAAAAUGAAGGAGCAGGUCAGAACUGAGAUGGUCAGCAAAUGCUCCCAAGUCAUACAUAACCCAACCAUUUGUGAGAAGGGGAAAAUUGGCGUAAAUAUGUUUGUUAAAUGGUGCGUAAUCUUCAUUUUACUCAGUUUUGUGGGUUUUUUUUUUUUAAGCCCUCUCUCCGUGAACAUAGAAAGUCUGGAUUGCUGUUCCCUGUUGAUGGUGGGGCCUGCAGGGGAGGAUAACAGGAUGGGAUAUAGCAGGUGAGCAGAAGCACAGGCAGAAAUAAGGAAGGUAGAGCUCCCCAAACAUAGUGGGGGGGAUCCCAGCUGCAGUUCAAAAGAGCAAGAUUUGAAUUGCAGCAACGUAGAAAAGGGGGGACAAAUGGGGGGAACAAACCACCACAGAGUAUUGGGUCUCCUUGAGGGCGUCACUUUUAUCCCAGUUCUGAGGGAAUCUUGUGAAAACGUGCAUAGCCAGCGUGUAUCGGCCAGCCUUCGGUUUUAAAGGACAAUCAGCUCUCCUUUUUUCUCACUCUUUAGUUACUUCAAAGAGCGAGGAAGUUUGAGUUGCUUCUUUGACCAGAUCAGAGGCCAAAACCAAACAUAUCUUUAGCAGGGUUUUCCUUAGUAGAGUCUAAUAAAUCUGUCCCAAAGGAGAAAGGUUAAGAGAAGGGGAAAACCCAAAAUCUUUUUUUCUUGACACAAAUACAUGCCCUGUCCAUCAAGGCAACCCUCCCUCUCUCUUCCACGACCUUCCAACAUCAGAACGACGGUGGUUCCUUCAGAUAGGCUCUGAAACCAUGCUUAUUUUCAUUUUCGUUCAAUCUUAAUGACGUAGAGUUGAUAAGUUGGGCUUUUGCCAAACAUGUUAAUAAAGCUAGAGAAAUGUGAA